AUGAUUUUGUAUGACUGGAAAAUUGGUUUAACAUACAAGGAUAGUCAUGCCCGUUUGGUGCAGGCAUGGGGGGAGCAAGCACCUUCUGACCACACAGUCUUCAACUGCUUUCGUGAAUUUCAACGCAAUAAAUUCAGUGUUCAAGAUGCUCCUCGCUCAGGUCGUCCUUCAACAUCUGUUACUCAACAAACCAUUGAUGCUGUACGGACAAUAAUUGAAGGUGAUCCUCAUUCAACAUAUCAACAAAUUGAGACCAUAUUGGGCAUCAGUUCCACAGCAAUUAAUUCGAUUAUUCAUGAUUAUUUAAAUCUAAGAAAAGUUUGUGCUCGGUGGGUGCCACAUACACUAACCGACGACCAAAAACAACUCCGUGUUCAAUUUUGCGGUCAUUCACUAAAGAGAUUUGAAGAAGGUCAAUCCCGUCGUGUAUUUGACAUUAUAACAGGUGAUGAAGCUUGGUUCUAUCAUUAUGAUCCCGAACUAAAAGAACAAUCAAAAGUUUGGAUGUCGACAACUGAUCCACAUCCAACCAAAGUCCAUCGAAACAAAAGUGCCGGGAAAAGAAUGGUGGCAAUUUUUUUCAUGAAAUCUGGUUUAAUUAAAUCUGUUCCAUUAGAAACAGGUGCUACGGUGAACGCAAACUGGUAUGUCAACACAUGCUUACCACAAGUCUUCACAGCGGUAUCUGAACGAAGAGAAACGCGAGGUCUUCGAGGUCUCAUUUUUCAUGACGAUAAUGCAAGGCCGCAUCGAGCAUGGAUUACCAAUGAAUUUUUGCUGGAAAAUCACGUAGAACAAUAUCCAAAUCCACCAUAUUCUCCAGAUUUAAGUCCUUGCGACUUCUUUUUAUUUCCAAAACUCAAGAAGCAGCUGCGUGGAAUUCGAUUUAACGACGACAAUGAAAUGCUAACUGCUUUAGAACAAGCCAUUGACAGUCUCACAAAAGAAGAUUUUAAAAACUGUUUCGAAGACUGGUUUAUUCGAAUGCAUAAGUGCAUUGAUGCUAAUGGACAGUACUUUGAAAAAAUAAAUUAA